AUGUCAUUAACAGAUUUUCAAACAAAUAUUUUUAAUCAAGAAUAUAUAGAGUUAUUUGAAAAAGCAGAUAUUAAAACUGUGGAAUCAAUUCUAUUACAAAGUCCAUUGAGAUUACAACAGAAAACUAGUUUAUCAUUGGAGAUCAUUCAAAAGAUUCAGAGAGAUUUACAGAAAUAUCAUUGUGCAGUACCUUCAGUCGCAACCGAUCUCUACAAUAAAGCCGUUAGUUUAAAAGAAUAUAGAUAUUUAAAAACCAAUUGUUGUAUAGAUGACAUUCUUGGUGGUGAAGGUUUACCCACGGGUGAACUGACAGAGCUGAUUGGCACAUCGCCGUCAGGUAAAACUCAAUUCGCCCUCUUUAUAGCAAUGCAAGUUUCUAGAUUCUACCAAGAGAAUGUUAUUUAUAUUGAUACAUCGUCUUCAUUUUCUGCCGAUAGAAUUGCAGAGAUGUAUAAACAACAAAUAGGAGAAACCACUACAAUUGAUAGUAAUCAAUCAAUUUUAGCAAUAUUAGAUAGAAUAAGAAGAUAUAACUGUUUAGACCCAAUAAAACUUGUAGAUACACUUGAAGCGAUAUCAAAUUCAUUUGAAUUUGAUAAUUAUUUGAAGAAUGUUAAACUGAUUAUCAUUGAUUCGAUUGGUACACUCCUUUAUACUAGCUUUGGUGGUAAACUUACACAUGGUCAUUAUGUUAUGAUGAAAAUUGCAAGACUCUUAAAAUCAUUGGCACAUAAAAAUCAAAUUGCUGUACUUAUUACCAAUAAUACAGUUAAAAUGGAUUCAGAUGUAUUGGAUCAUUUAAAGAAUGUACAAAGUACACCAGAAAAUAGAUUACAAAAAGCAAGUUUAGGAGAAUCAUGGGCUGCUGUAUCAAAUCAUCACCUGUAUCUUUAUGGUGAUUUCUACGAUGAUGAAACCAUAGAGAGAUCGAUUGCUUUAAGAUCAUCUACGAGAUACCAAAGAAUAGAGAAACCUUUUUCAAUUAAUUCUUUUGGAAUACAAUAA